AUGGGCCAGGAUAUCAACGGUCGUGUCCGAACCCACGAUGCCAAGACUAAGUUAUGUCACGUGUCAUUCAAUCAGCAUCCGGCAUCGUCACCCCUCAGUGAAGCCCCGCGCCGCGAUGUUUGCAAGCAGGUCAGGGUGAACAUGGACACCAACGUUUUGGUCAGAUCUGGUGACAUACUAGACCUCUACCGGGACUUCGACAGAGUCUUACAGGCACUCAUCAACGAUGGAUGGAUCGUGCUGAAGGAUGCCACAGAUACAAACUCCAUUGAGCGGGUGGCGAGCAAUCAGCACGUCAACCACCUCCUCGCUGGAGUGAGCCCGCAGCCCUUCAGACAAAACCUCGCUAUCCUGAUGCCCGCUUCCCGACUGAAAAACUCCCCAUUUGAGCGCUUCCCUCGGGGGGAGACCCUAGCAGAUAAGAAAGAUGAGGUUCUUGGCUUGACUUGCUAUCAUCUCUUCGGCAAAGAUAAUAAGUCGCAGUGGAGGUGGCAAUACGAUAUAGGAGGCAGCAAGGGUGAUCUACCAACGGCCAUUGCAGCCACCGGUGGAGACGUGAUCAUAUGCAGUGGUUGGCUAUUACGACAGCUUCCCGAGCCGGAGGCCAAAACGGACCUAUACGUGGUAAAUUAUUAUCGGUCGGACCACCCUUGGUGA